AUGAGCUCUUAUUUCGUCAACUCACUGUUCUCCAAAUACAAAACUGGGGAGUCCCUGCGCCCCAAUUAUUAUGACUGCGGCUUCGCCCAGGACCUGGGCGGCCGACCCACCGUGGUGUACGGUCCCAGCAGCGGCGGCAGCUUCCAGCACCCGUCGCAAAUCCAGGAGUUCUACCACGGGCCAUCGUCGCUGUCCACGGCUCCCUACCAGCAGAACCCGUGUGCCGUGGCGUGCCACGGGGACCCCGGCAACUUCUACGGCUACGACCCGCUGCAGCGCCAGAGCCUGUUCGGUGCGCAGGAUCCAGACCUGGUGCAGUACGCAGACUGCAAGCUCGCGGCCGCCAGCGGCCUGGGCGAGGAGGCCGAGGGGUCGGAGCAGAGCCCGUCGCCCACACAGCUCUUUCCCUGGAUGCGCCCUCAAGCAGCCGCCGGACGCAGGCGAGGCCGCCAGACCUACAGCCGCUACCAGACCCUGGAGCUGGAGAAGGAGUUCCUAUUUAAUCCCUAUCUGACUCGCAAGCGGCGGAUCGAGGUAUCGCACGCGCUGGGACUAACAGAGAGACAGGUCAAAAUCUGGUUCCAGAACCGGAGGAUGAAGUGGAAAAAAGAGAACAACAAAGACAAGUUCCCCAGCAGUAAGUGUGAGCAGGAGGAGCUGGAGAAAGAGAAGCUGGAGCGGGCGCCGGAGACCGCCGAGCAGGGCGACGCGCAGAAGGCAGACAAGAAGUAG